AUGAAGACGCGAAUGUUAUACGCCAUCCUAGCUACCCUUCUUGCGACCCCUGCCAGAAGCAAGUACAUUGUGCCUGGAGGUCGAUGGUACGAUACAGAUGGGGAAUUGAUCAGCGCGCAUGGGGCCGGAAUUACUUUCGACCAGAAAACCGGUCGGUUUUGGUGGUUUGGCGAGUACAAAACCGAAGCGCAAACAGAAGGGGGCGGUGUCUCUGUUUACAGUUCUGAGGAUUUGCAUACUUGGACUUCGGGUGGACUGGCCCUAAGCCCAGUUGAAGGACAUCCGUACAUCUCGCCGGAAAACAUAAUCCAGCGACCUAAGGUGGCAUACAGCCAAGAGACAGAUGAUUAUCAUAUGUGGUGGCAUGCUGACAAUUCCACCUAUGGCCUCCUUCUCCAAGGUCAUGCGGUAUCUUCUACGAUUGGAGGGCCGUACUCUUUCGUGGAUGCGACCGCACCUCUCGGAAACUGGUCGCAGGAUUUUGGCAUGUUUACUGACUAUCAGGACGGCCGAUCGUACGCCCUCUACUCGAACGGGGAUAGUCUAUAUGGCCGAGAUGUGUACAUAUCAGCCAUGAACAAGAAUCUCUCAGCACUCGAAACAGCCGUGCAUCGAUUCCCAAAAUUCGAUCUCGAAGCACCAAGUAUCAUGCACACGGAGAACGGAUAUUGGGCACUGAUGAGCCACAAGACAGGAUACAGGCCAAACAACGUGGUUGCAUUUCGGGCCGACUCAUUGAGCGGUCCUUGGUCCCAGCCAUUUAUCAUCGCCCCGUUGAACACGCGCACUUUUAACUCGCAGUCUGGAUUUGUGCUUAGGAUAGAGGGAAGUAAGAGGACUACGCACCUCUAUAUUGGGGACCAGUGGGACUCUAAUACUAUUUGGGAAAGCCGGUAUAUAUGGCUGCCGAUUCAGACUGAUGGAAAGAAUCUAGAAUUGGUCUGGCAUGACGUUUAUGAUCUCGACGUGAAAACCGGAACAUGGACACCAGUCGAGGGUACAACAUACACGGCGAAAAAUGCGAAAACUCAUGGUGAUGCAUACAAACAGGAGGCUAAUUUCGCCACCGACGGCAUCAUUCUCACUGGAAUUUAUGGAAACGACAGCACUGUUACGUUCGAAGGUAUCGAAGGAUCUGGAGAGCCGCAAUGGAUAUCAUUUUACUAUCAAAACAUCGAUGAUAUGGGCUUUGGGGACCAACCUGGAGGUACCCCGGAUAGGAUCGGUGGCUCAUGGCAGCUGCGUCGGAUCAGUAGCGUGGUGGUCAACGGGGACACGUCAAACGUACAAACGCUCUACCAGAGAGAUACACACAAGGGUAUUAUCCUCUCUACUCCGCUUCAAUUGACGUUGAAGAAAGGGAAGAGCAAUACCAUCACAGUUGGGGGUCUAUAUAAUGGGUUUGAUUACAAAGGUGCAGAUCUGGAUCGGAUUGUUGUGUAUCCCCCUGAAGGGAAGUAG